AGCAACAGAGAGAUUGCAUCCCUAGUAUUUUUCCAGGAACAAGAGGGACUUGGGACAAUUACAUAAAAACAAUACAUAAUCUUUAGUUUAAUGUAAAGUAAUGUUGGCCUUGUAAGUUGUAUCAGAUUGGGUAUCCAGGACACAUAUUCACUUAGUUGAGUACUUCAAGCAUACAGUACCACAUAAAAUGAAUAAUUCUCCAGAUUCCUUUCCUGAUACAAUUCCCAGUAGCCCAACACGUUUUCAGGUCUGUACAGUUAGAGAAGGAUAUGACAACCUUGCACUCGAAGGAGAUAAAGACCCACCACAGUAUGAGGAGACGUCCUUUUCCGGAGAGGAUAACAGACUUGCAAUGAGUUACGGGACUGGAAAUAGGGAAAUGUACAGCUCUGUAGUUCACAAUGGCGACACUAUCAAGACAGAAGUAGGUUUCCAUCCAUAUGACACACACAGCCACACAUACUACCUUAAAACAUUUGGCCACAACACACUAGAUGCAGUUCCAAAAAUUGACUACUAUAGGAACACUGGUAGCGUCUCCGGGGUCAAGAAAAUCAGACCAAGCCUUGCAGAGAUCCAUGACCAACUCUCUAAGAAUGUUGCUGUGACUCCGGGCUCAGUUUCCAAUGGAGAUGGCAUUUUGGGUGAUGAAGAAGAAAAUAAGGUGGAAGAAAAAGGGGGCUUUGUAAAGUUUGGAUGGAUAAAGGGUGUGCUGGUCAGAUGCAUGCUGAAUAUAUGGGGUGUAAUGCUUUUCAUUCGGCUCUCAUGGAUUGUAGGACAAGCUGGAAUUGGUCUGGGAGUAAUCAUAAUUAUGCUUGCCACCAUGGUUACUUCAAUUACUGGGUUGUCAACUUCUGCAAUAGCAACCAAUGGCUUUGUCCGUGGAGGUGGAGCAUAUUAUUUGAUCUCCAGAAGCUUGGGACCUGAAUUUGGUGGAUCCAUUGGUCUUAUUUUUGCCUUUGCCAAUGCGGUAGCUGUUGCCAUGUAUGUGGUUGGCUUUUCUGAAACUGUUGUGGACUUACUUAAGGAUAACAAUGCAAUUAUGGUUGAUGACAUGAAUGAUAUUAGAAUAAUUGGAACCAUUACUGUCAUUCUUCUGCUUGGUAUUUCUGUAGCUGGUAUGGAGUGGGAAGCUAAGGCUCAAGUUCUUCUUUUAAUAAUUCUACUCAUUGCCAUUGUAAAUUUCUUCAUUGGGACCGUUAUUCCUACAACAGAGGAGAAACGAGCCAGAGGGUUCUUUAAUUAUCAAGCUGUAAUAUUCGCUGAAAAUUUUGGUCCAGCUUUCCGCAACGGAGAAGGUUUCUUCUCUGUGUUUGCUAUUUUCUUCCCUGCAGCUACUGGAAUUCUUGCUGGAGCUAACAUCUCUGGAGAUUUGAUGGAUCCGCAAGGGGCCAUUCCGAAAGGAACCAUGUUAGCUAUAUUCAUCACAACUAUUGCCUAUCUUGCAGUUGCUAUUUGUGCAGCCGCAUCCGUAGUGCGUGAUGCAACUGGGAGCAUCAAUGAUACAAUCACAUCUGCAAUGAGCUGCAAUGCAUCUGCCGCUUGCUCGCUUGGAUAUGAUUUUUCUAGAUGCGAAACUGAAAAAUGUGCCUUUGGAUUGAUGAAUAACUUUCAGGUGAUGAGUAUGGUGUCAGGAUUUGGUCCUCUCAUCAUUGCAGGAAUCUUCUCAGCCACACUUUCCUCCGCCCUGGCUUCCCUUGUCAGUGCACCCAAAGUAUUUCAGGCUCUCUGCAAGGAUAACAUCUACACAGCACUUCACUUUUUUGCCAAAGGACAUGGGAAAAACAAUGAACCAAUCAGAGGAUAUGUUCUUACUUUUGUCAUCGCACUUGCAUUUAUUCUAAUUGCUGAACUGAAUACUAUUGCACCCAUCAUUUCAAACUUCUUCCUAGCAUCCUAUGCAUUGAUCAACUUCUCUUGCUUCCAUGCUUCCUACGCAAAAUCUCCAGGAUGGAGACCUGCAUUUAAAUACUACAAUAUGUGGGUGUCUCUCUUUGGGGCCAUGCUCUGCUGUGGUGUAAUGUUCGUAAUCAACUGGUGGGCUGCUGUCAUCACUUAUGCUAUUGAGCUAUUCCUUUACAUUUAUGUGACAUACAAGAAACCAGAUGUUAAUUGGGGAUCAUCGACCCAAGCUCUUUUCUAUACAAAAGCCUUAAACAGUGCUCUGGAGCUAAAUGGUAUCGAUGAACAUGUGAAGAACUUCAGACCUCAGUGUCUGGUUCUUACUGGAACGCCAAUGACGAGGCCGUCUCUCCUCGAUAUCACACAUUCAUUUACAAAGAACAUUGGGAUAUGUCUCUGCUGUGAAGUGUUUGUGGGACCGCGUGCACAGGCUGUAAAAGAAAUGAACAGUGGUAUGAUCAAAAAACAAUUAUGGUUAACAAAGAACAAGAGGAAAGCGUUUUAUGCAGCAGUCGCUGCUGAGAAUAUCCGAGAAGGCGUAAAACCACUUCUUCAGGCUUCCGGUUUAGGCAGAAUGAAGCCAAACACCCUGGUGAUGGGAUUUAAGAAAGAUUGGAGACAGGCCAGCACCACAGAUCUGGCGUGUUAUGUGGGAAUAUUGCAUGACUCGUUUGAUUUUGAAUAUGGAGUGGUUAUUGUACGACUAAGCCAAGGAUUUGACAUCUCUCCAAUUCUCCAAGCCCAAGAAGAACUUCAAAGAAUGGAACAAGACAGAAUAGCACAAGAAGCUGCGAUUAGAGAAAAUGAAUUUCAAGAAGGAAAUGGCAAAUUUCGAAAGUUCUUCCAUAAAAAACCCGAGCUAAAUAUGGCAAAGUAUCCAUCUAAAAAAGAUGUCAGCACAACUCCACCGAUGCACGUGGGCGAGUACAAUCAGAGACUGGCAGAAACCAGUGAACUGUUUAAAAAGAAGCAAGGGAAGGGAACAAUUGAUGUCUGGUGGUUGUUUGAUGAUGGAGGUUUGACUCUUCUCAUACCACACAUUCUGACUAUUAGAAAAAAAUGGAAGGAUUGUAAGCUACGCAUCUUUAUUGGAGGAAAAGUGAACCGUAUUGAAGAUGACAAGUUGAUGAUGGCUUCACUUUUGAGCAAAUUCCGAAUUAAAUUUGCAGAUGUGUAUAUUGUUCCAGAUAUUAACACAAAACCAAGCAAAGAAAGCUGGAAAUUCUUUGAGGAGAUGAUUGAGCCUUAUCGACUCCAUGAGAGCUCCAAAGACGUGUCUACUGCUGAAAAAAUAAGAAGAGAUUAUCCUUGGAAAAUCACAGACUCUGAGCUGGAAACAUUUAAGGACAAGUGUUAUCGUCAAGUCAGACUUAAUGAACUUUUACAAGAAAAUUCCCGAUCAGCAAACCUAAUUGUUCUAAGCCUUCCAGUUGCAAGAAAAGGAACUAUAUCAGAUCACCUUUACAUGGCAUGGGUAGAAAUUUUGUCUAAAAACCUCCCUCCGGUGUUAUUGGUGCGAGGAAAUCACAAAAAUGUUCUUACUUUCUAUUCGUAAACUGGUUUUAAAGAGUUAACACUCCACCUGCAUUACUUGCACUCUACCUGAUUGAAGUAUCAAAAAAUAUAUAUAAUACAAAUAUAAGCCCAUUAUAUUAUAAAUCCAAUAGCAAAUCUAUCUGUCAUAUAAAAUAUAACCAAAUUUAUUGUUAAAUUGAAAUGUGAAUUUUAUCAGCAAAGAAAAUAUUAUGUUUAUUUUUUUUUUAUUGAUCAUCUGUGGGAUCAACUAUAUAUUG